AUGCAGCACAGUCUCCGGGACAGGGACAUUCUUGCUGAUUUUGAAGAAAAAAGGAAAAAGAGGGUUGCAGAAAAUAAUCAAAUGUUGGAAAAUCUGAGAAUAAAUAAACUGAAAGCUGAACUUGAAGCUAAAAAAGAAAAAAAGAAGAAGAUACUUGAUGGUAACGUAUCAGACUUGGAAUUUGAUCGGGACUAUGUCUCCGGACAUGAUAGCCUGCCUAGUAGCAAAGACGAGCAACCGGCGAAGGUUGAUGUUGAAGUAAUACCACCGCCCCCGCCACUACCUGCUGGUCUUCAAGAGUUGAAUCAGAUAAAGAGGGCAUACAGUAAUGAUGGAGUUGGAACAAUGGAGGCAUAUCUGAAGCUGAAAGAGAGUGAGAAACAAUUAAAAGCUGGAAAUGGACAGGGGAAUGAUGGUGAUAAGCAACCAACUGAUGGUAAUAAUAUUACCACAGUUCCAACUGAUGAGGGCGAAACUAAAAUUGCAAGGCGCAGAGGCCCUACUAAGAUGAAUUCUGUUUUCACAAGAAGAUUAGAAGACAGACCAGAGUUGACCCUGAAUCAUGAGUUGCAGCCAGUGCAUGAAAAUAGUAAAAUAAGAUCGGAAUUUGGUAGUUUCUUGGGGACAAUUGGAAGACAAUGUGUGCCCCUAGAUUAUGUGAACUGGAGCCGAGUUCCCGAAGGAGAGAAGAUUGGCUGGUGGGAGUUUGUCAAGACAAAGUAUAUCAUUCCAGAGGAGGGAAAAGAUUGGGUUCUAAAGACCAUCUGUGAUGCAUGGAGGAUGCACAAAAGCCGUUUUAAGGCAGAAUACUAUUCAAAAUAUGACAAUGAUGAGGAAAGGCUAAGAAAUCGGCCGCAGUCCAUUCCUUUGGAAAAAUUCAAGAUUUUGCUACAAUAUUGGGGCCAUGAAAAAAUCAAAUCUACUGCUGCAAAGAAUUCAAACAACCGAAGAAAGGUCAUUGACACACACACUGCUGGCCGUAAAUCCUUUGCACAGAUUGGAAAUGAAAUGAAAAAGAACCAGUCGACCCCUGAUACACCUACAAAGGCGGAUAUAUAUCCUAAAACGCGCCAAGGUCAUGAUAAGAAGACUGAAAAGGACACUGAGAAGGACAAUGAAAAGGACAAUGAAAAGGACAAUGACAAAGACACUCAGAAAGACAAUGAGGCUGAAGAAGCAGCAAAUACAAAAGAAAUAGAUUUUCAGGCUCAUGGACCAAAUUGGCUUAUUGGGAGGACUGGUAGAACAAGGAAAACAGUCAACAAUCAACAGCUUCAAAGCAAAAAGGCUGAAGAAUUGGCAAGCCUAAGGAAGGAGAUAGCUGCUGAGAUGGAGGAUAAGUUGAACAAAAAGCUAAAGAGAAUCCUUGGACAUUUGGCUGAGAAAAAUCCAUCGCUCCAUAUAGAUGUGGAUGAAAUAUGUGCAUGCUGUGAGAGUGAACAUGAGCCGGAGACUGAUAGCGAAGCUGCUGAUGAUUCUUGA